UUUUCUUUUUUUAAAAGGAAGUUGAUUAGCUGUAAGUCAGAUGACAGCAGACAUGGGGAACAUUGAUCUGGACGGAUGUGGUUAAUUCUGAAACUAAGAGACUAAGGAAAAAAGUUAUCAGCCAGAGAUCUAGUUGUUCAACUAGCAAAGAAAGACUGGAGUAUGGAGAAUGAUGAACUUCCGCCAACGGAUGGGAUGGAUUGGUGUGGGGCUGUACCUUUUGGUUAGUGUGGCAGGCCUUUUCUAUGUCUUUGAGAUCAGCCAGACCUACAACCGACUGACGCUGGAACGUGUAGAACCUGUGGCUUCUGGGCCACAGCCCACCGACAACCCUGCUGUCCCUCCUUCCUCAUGGAUGCACGUUCUGAAGAUGCUCCUCCUGUCCUUCCCCUUUUGGCUGUGGGCCACCCUCUUCCUCAUCCCUUAUCUUCAAGUAUUUCUCUUUCUCUACUCCUGCACCCGUGCGGACCCCAGGACUGUGGGCUAUUGUAUUCUGCCCGUCUGCCUGGCUGUACUCUGCAAGCGGAACAAAACUUUCACCAAGGCGUCCAAUCAGAUCAGCCAGCUGCAGCUGAUUGACACUUAACUGAAACCAGAAGGCAGAUGAUCAACCUGCUAACCAGGACACUAGUAAAAGAUGGGUUGAGAAAGCAGGUCUUCAUAGUUUUCAGUUGCUUAUUUUAUUUGGAAUUCAAUGUGCACACUCCACUUGUUAUCAGAUUCAUAUACUGGUGAUUAUUUUUUGAGCUAAAAAUGUAUUGUGGUUUUUUUAAAUAAGCAAUUACGUAUGCUGAUGAUAAUGCUGAUUCAGAAAUGAGUGCACAAGAGGCUUACCUACAUCUCAGAGAAUCUUGGGAAGCCAUUGCAUAUUUAUCUCAAAUGAGCAAAAUGUACUAAAUCCUGUAGGAAGGUGCACGGCCGCAGUUAUUCCGAUCUGCCGUUUUCUAGUAGCCCGAUUGGGUUUUUAGGCUGCGCGUCAUGUUGAUAUUUGUAAAACACUUUCUAUAACGGUGGGUUUGAGCAUCCCACCUCCUUUGCAAGUUGAAAAUGUCAUACUGUUAAGUGGCUUUAUAUAUUUAAUAUAUCUGUCUGGUUAUUUAAAUCAGUUUUGAGCAAGUGUGAAACCAGGAACUCCAGUGUGCUUUGAAAGAUGGCAUUUCUUUGUCCUGUUAGACCUUUCAAAUGGGACAACACUGGAAGCAGUCAAGGAUUCAGACUUAAAGCGUUAGACAAGUUAAGGGGGGGGGGGAUCACCGAUUCCCUGUAAUUUUGCUCAAUAUCCUUCUUGGUGUGGGCGUUUGUUUAUAUUCAUAUAUACACAGGUUCUGUCUGGCUAAUUGGUGUAAUUAAAUUUGCAGUAACACCUCA